AUGGUCCGACUUCAGAGUGAAAUACUGAAACAACAAUUCAGUUCCAGUGCUUGGAUUGGACUGUACGACGACAUCAACAGCUGGUACUGGUCCCUUGGACAUGAGACACUGGGAAGUUGGAGACUGUGGAAUUCAGGACAGCCUGACAACUGGGUGGCACAGGAAUGGUGUGGUGCGGCAACUACGUCGGGUUGGUCUGAUGUGCCAUGUACAAGCAACUACCCCUUUGUGUGCUUUGAUGACAGUAAAACUGGCAAUCAGAGAUACAUUUACAUCUCUAACACUAAGACGUGGUAUGAUGCUCAGGCUUACUGCAGAACGUAUCAUACGGAUCUGGCCAGUGCUAGAAAUGCAACAGAAUACUCUCUUAUACAGGGACUGGUCUCUGGGGUCACUUGGUUUGGUCUGAUCAGAGACACCUGGAAGUGGAUAGACAAAACCAACUUCUCUACAAUCAGCUGGAUCUCUGGAAAACCUGAUAAUGCCCUGGGGAAUGAAAACUGUGGUUAUUUAAAUAACGGUCAGGCUGGUGAUGCACAGUGCUCAGACAUAAUGCCUUUCUUCUGUUACAGAAUAACCACAGGACAACAACAAAUUGUAAGGGUGAAGGUGCGGUCCAAUCAGGAUGUGAACGAUCCUGCAGUAAAGGCGGCCAUCUUGGAGCAGAUCAAGCAGGAACUGAAGGAUCAUGGGAUGGCAGAGAACAUCACAGUGAAAUGGAGAGAGCAACCAGAUGCAAAGGUGUUUCACAAGGAGACUGAAAAAAACACUACAGGAAAAGAAGAACUCUAAGUCUUUAUCUGUGUCUCAAAUUGAAAAUAGUUAUUUUAGUGUGAGUAAUAUCAGGGCAGGGGUGGAAAAAGUACUGAGAAGUUAUACUUAAGUGAAAGUGAAGAUAAUGUGUCGGUAACUUACUCAACUAAAAGUGGAAGUAUCCA